CGCUGGUCGCUAUCAUCGCCCCGUGUACUCGCGCGCACGCACGCACGCACGCACAUGCACGCACGCCUGCGUUCGUAGCGCUUCGUGCUCGUUCGUACGUACGCUCGCUCGGUGCUCCCGCUCGCGGUCGAGAAUGACAUAUCGCGACGCGCGGGUGACGCGCGACGACCACGCACGCACCGGGAGGAGCGUCGCCGAGCUGGAGCAACGCGGCCGCGACGGCUGAGGAGGGAAGAGCGCGCGGGGAGCUCCGCCACGGACGAUGGCAAUCUCCAACUGGAUGAUGUGGGGUAGGAGCCUACGCACCGGCCGAUCCCGUCGAAGCCGCCAAGACGAGGACAACUGCGUGCAGCUCGACCUGUCGAGAGGACUAAAGGAGAACGUUAAGGAGGUCUUGACUAAUCUUUGCCAGCGGCACAAUGUUCCAAGCGUAAAGAAGCUAGCGUAUCUCAAUGCUAUAGUUAAGUUGAUCAGCGAAACCGACUCCCCAGACUAUGGUUACUCCGCGGAGGAUCUGUUCUGUUGUCUACGCGUGGCGCUGGUCCACGAGGCGACGCAGGUGCGCGCCGCCGCGCUGCGGGCGGUGCGCUACAUGCUCAAGAAGGAGCAGGAUGUCGUCGCGAUCAACAGGCUGCAGUACCCGUACUUCGUGGCGCGCAGCAUGGACGUUAACCUGCGCAACGAGAUGGAGCGGAUACAAGCACUCCGGCUCGUCAGGAGGAUCCUAGUGUUAGCCCCCAAGCAUUUCAGUUCCGUGCUAGCGAGAUCGCUCGUCAGUUUGACGAACGGCGGCAUCGAAGAGAGGGAGCGUGCGUUUAAAGCGUUUCUAGCGGUCCUGUGCGAGCUGGGCGUCCUGAACUCGAAUCUGCUGAUAAGCUGCGGCGGCAUCGCCACGCUGGCCAGGGCCGCGAUGACCGGGCAGUGCGGCGUCGUGGUCGAGUCCGUCGUCGGGGUGCUGCUGCGGCUGCUCAACAAUCCCGACACGCGCGGCAGCGUCUCCCUCCUGUGCUUCGCCGCGCCCUACUGCGAGCUCCACUCCCUGAGCAUGGAGAGAACCAAGGAGGAGCGCGAGCAGAGGUUCGCCGCCAGCAAGCUCGCCCUGCUGAGCAUCCUGCGCUCGUAUCCGGGCGUUCUCCACUUUUGCCGGUCGGACAAUAAUUCGGGCCUCAAGGCCAUCGCGGAUAUUCUAUACGUGGACCAACUGGAGGUGCGCGGGGCCGUUCUCGAACUGCUCUACGAGCUGCUGGACCUGCCGUUACCCACGUGGACUGACGAACCGGACGUCGCGCUGGCCGCGGUGGAUCCCAGCAGAUCGCGGGACUCGUGGAAACUGUCGGAGGGCUUCGUCGCCGCCGAGGGGAAAUCCAUACUGCCAUCCCUGUCGUCGCACACGCCCAACGUCACGGAGAUACACUCGGCGUUGCUGGUCUACGUUCUACUCGAGUGCGGCCUGCACCGCGCCCUCGCGGAGACCAUCGUUUCCAGCGACACGUUCAUUUCGGUGCGCGCGGCGGUGCUGCUGGGCGCGUUGCUGCACCUCGCGCAUUCCCUCCUGCCGUCCGAGCUCUGCGACCUCACGCCGCCACUGCCUAAUCUGCUGGAGCACGCGAGCGCCGGCAAGCAUCAGGCGCUAGCGGCGGUCACCAUCCUCGAGCGGAUGCACACCAUGAUGCGGCGUAGACCGACCCCGGCGAGUCUCUUCCUCGACCGUAUUCUUCAAGCGGGCACCUGGCUACGUCCGACUCUGCCGCGGCGUCAACGGCCGUCCGGCAGGCACUGGCUGCGAAUCGGCAGGGAGUCGCCGAUCACGCCUCUGCUCAAGGACGCGCAGGUGCUCAGCUCGAAGGAUGCCCUCGCUUGGAACUGGCCGAUCGUGCGGGCGAUUCUACGCUCGCGCGAGGACGCGACGCGGAUCCUUCACGAUUCCGAUCACCGGCUGUUUAUGAAGCGACUCGUGCGCUACUUCAAACCGUCGUGUAACGGCUACAGCAGAGUCGAGCUGGGCACGAACGCGACGUUGGCGCGCGAGGCCACUCUCGCAGGCUGCGACCUGCUUAACUGUUUACUGGAGCUGCACGAGCCGGAGAGCGCGCGGCUGCUUAACGAGCUCAUCGGCGACAUCGCUGAGCACAUCGGCAACAUCCGCACCGCCGAGUCCGCGCACGAUUGCCUCUUCUCGCCGCGUCACAUGUCCACCACGUGUUGCCAGAAGUACUUUCUGUUUCUCGGCCAGCUGAGUCACUCCGCCAAGGGCACGGUGGUUCUCAAGAGCUUCAACCUGUUGGAGAAGCUGCAGGAUCUCGCGCUGGCCACCAAUCACGACUGCUACGUUAAGCUGAUCGUGUCCAGCCUGGACUACUCACGGGACGGUCCCAACAGGAAGGUGCUGAGCAAGAUCAUCUCCGAGGCGACGUUGUGGAGCACGCGCCUCUACGCCACGCAGUUCCUACGGCUGAUUCUCCGCGCCAGAAUGACGGACGCCGUGCGCUGGGCAAUGGCACUGCUGGCGGAUCGAUUGUCGGACAGCCACACAGCCGUGGCGCUGGCCACUCUGGAGGCGCUGCACGAGGCCUGCGACGAGACCGAGUAUCUGGAAGCGUUGUUGCAGCAGGGCGGGCAGUCGCGCGAUUGGGACAAGUGGCUACAGCACCUGGGUGACAAGGGCUACCUGCUCAAGAUCCGACUUUACUCUCUGCAGCAAGGCUUCACGAAUCUCGCCGCACCCUCCGAGGAGCUGGAGAAGUGGAUCGGACCCGGCGGUUUCGCCGAGCGAUACGUGGGCCUCGUGGAAGGGGAGAUACACGACGCGCUGACGUGCCGACAACGCGACGAGACCGGGAGCUACCAGAGGAGGCCCAGCAGCGACAUGGUGAUGAUGCCGCGCGACGUCUACGUGCCGCCGCAUCUCAUCGGCCAGCUGGCGCAGCACGAUCUGGGGAUGCAACUGCUGUUGCGUCGCAACGUGAUACAGCGUUUCGCUCGGGUGUUGCAGCGAUUCAAGCUGGAAUUUGGCGGUCGCGAUUCGGAGUCCAACUCGCGGUGCACCAGGUCGAGUCGUCUCGCCGCUAUGGCAGCAACGACGGCAGCCGCCGCCGCCGCCGCCGCCGCUGCCGCUGCCGCCGCGGUCGACGACAUCUGCAUCAUGUCGGAGGAGUCCGGCACGGACGAAGCCGUCGAGCAGUGCAGCCGCCUCGAGACCAUUCCCGACUACGAGACGGUGGAGAACGAGGCUCGCGACACGGCGAGUCAGCCGCGGACGGAGUCGCUGAUGGAGAUCCGCCGUAAGACCAGCGUGGACGAUUCCCGGCACACCACACCGGAGCGAAGCUGGAGGCUGGAGACCGAGUCGUCGCGCGACGACCACUUUGUCGGCCCGAACGGCGGUAUUCUCAAGGUCAAGUCGGCUCUCUGGGCCCUCGGCCACGCGGGCACGUCCGUCGCGGGCGUCGAGCACUUGAGCCACUUGGGUAUCAUCGAGAUGAUCACGUCCAUGGCGGAAACGUGUCCGUAUUACUCGGUGCGCGCCACCGCGAUGUACGCUCUCAGCCUGAUCGGCACCACGCGAGCCGGCGCCGACACGUUGGUCAACUUCAACUGGCCAUGCGUGAGGCAUCGACGCGGCGACAACUGGCCCGUGGUGCCGCCCUCGACCAGGUAUCCCAUGCCGAGCCCGAUCCCCGUGCAACGGCAUCACCGUAGCCUCAGCGAUGGCAAACCGGAGCUGCUCGAGCCAAUCGUGCGCCGCACCAGGAAUCGAUCCGAGAGCGCGGCGACGGAUCUCGAGGCGCGACGAUACUUCCUUUCAGAGAGAGGCGAAACCCCGAGUCCUGUUUCAAGUAUUCAAAGACUAAGCCAACAAGAUGCUGAAGGAUAUGCGCGACUACGUAGUUUACAACGCCAUCGCAGACCGAGUUAUUCUCAAAGUAGUUUAGAAAUGUAUAGCUUAGACGGCCGUCUCUCGCUGCAGAGCCUGUCGGAGUACGAUUCGUCCCGCAGCUGGAUUGCGGAGAAUGCGGUUCUCACGCCGACGCCACCUCCUCCCGAGGACGACAACGAGAACACGUUUUACAUGGGUGUUUGCCUGCCGAGGAAACUGCUCGCGAUCUUCCCCGAGCCGCCUCAGCCGUCCCAGCCAACCAUUCUCGAGGACAGCAUCAGGUCCGAGUUGGAGACGACGGAGAUCGACGAGGAGUCCAGCUCGGAGUGCGAUGCCGAUACCGAGCAUUGCCGCACGUGUCUCGUUUGCUAUCACGGCAAGAGCGGCAAGGACGCUGGUACGGACCAGGACAUGAAAUUGCGAAGAGAGAUACUUAGACACACUCAACGGCUCGCAAACCCCGUGUGGUACCGUCACAGUCGUCAAUCGUUGCUUAGACUGAGGCAGCGGCAUCCCGAGAAAUUUCAGGACACCUGCUUGUUCUCGGACGUGGCCGCUCGCCUCGGCAGCGGUACGUACAGAAUGCAAGCGCGGCGAUUUCUGCAAGAGCUGUUUCUCGACUCUCCGUUCGACGCGCUCUACGUCGAGCCAGUCAACAUCCUGAAGAUACCGAUUGGCACGGAGGAGAAUCCUCUGCAAUCACCUGUUCCUAGCUCCGAGGCCAGCCCUCGGCAGCAGUCUGUAAGUCCUGCGGAGGGCAAGAUUAACGGAAGACUUACUCUGACUGAGAUACAAACGGCGCAACUGGCGUCGGUCGCCGAGGAGGGCUCCUCGGCCGGCGCCGGCGCCGGCGCCGGCGGCGAGUCGUGCAACGCGGGACAUCAACGUAAGAAAAAGCUCCUGGAGACCGUGCGUUCGUCGCAGGAGCGGCGCAGCGACGAGAAGAUCAUAGCCGAGAUCCUGAUGCCGGAAGAGCGAAUACGUUUGUCAAAGAGUUCCGAUAGGUCUUUAAAAGUACCAGGAUGUGCGGAAAAUCAACAAAUGUCUACGUAUCUCACGUGGAAACCCACCCAGCCUGUCGCAUUCCUGGGGGCCAGUUCUGUAUCUUGCACUACAGUAAAAAAUGCUAAAAGUGACUAGCUUCGUCUCUUUCCAACCGUCCUCUCGGGACGAGACAAAACCGCUCACUUUUAGCAUUUUCACAUUAUU